AGGAGGGGGGCUGUUGUCAUUCACCAUAGCUGUGUUUCGAGCUGCUGUCCAGCAGAAAUGGCCGGGAUUAAAGCUCUCAUCAGCUUGUCUUUCGGAGGGGCAAUCGGCCUCAUGUUCCUCAUGCUAGGAUGUGCCCUCCCUGUGUAUGACAAAUACUGGCCUUUGUUCCUCCUCUUCUUCUACAUCCUCUCUCCCAUCCCGUACUGCAUCUCGCGGAGGGUGGUCGACGACACAGACUCGGCCAGUAAUGCCUGCAAAGAGCUGGCCAUCUUCCUGACGACGGGCAUCGUCAUUUCAGCCUUCGGCCUGCCCAUCGUCUUCGCAAGAGCCGACGUAAUCGCCUGGGGGGCGUGCGCGCUCGUGCUAACGGGUAACGUAGUCAUCUUCGGGACUAUCCUGGGCUUCUUCCUCGUCUUCGGAUCCAACGACGACUUCAGUUGGCAGCAGUGGUAAAAGCAGCAGAGGGAGUGGGACCUUAGUCUGAACUGUUUUUAUUAGGGUUACGAUUAUUAUUAUUAUAAUUAUAAUUAUUAUUAUUAUUGGUAUUACUGUUUGGUUCUUGUUGUUGUUAUUUAUAUGAUGACCUCCCAUCCAUAGACUCACACCAAACCAGUGCAAUACUUUUUGUUUCUUUUUGUCUUUUUUUUUUUUUUACCGCCUGCAUUAUACUGAACUGACACACGAUGGAAGGAACAUGCUGACUUUCAGUUGGAUUCUUCCUCAUUUUAACUGUUACUCUCUCGACUUUUAUGUUGUGAGUUUUCUCCCAUCUGUGUGCCCACUGUCAGGAUGAAAUCUGCUCGUGUGUUAUCUGUAAAAAAAAAUCCAAUUGAAUGUCUAACAAGAUUUAAUCUGAACCAAAAAGGACGAUGUCAGGGUUUGUCUGACGUCCUUCUUUCUCCAUUUACUCUGAAAAGAGAGAAAAUUAUCUUUUUUUCCCUUCUAUGUAAGAUCACAGAUGGGUGUCCCAUUUCCGGCCUAAGUGCUGCUGUGUCAAGUGUAAAUAAGCAGGAAACUGAUUGAAAAAUCUGCACAAUAUGAGCUCAGAUUUCACCGCUCACGAUGAGAAACAGCUGUUCUGGAUUUGUCACAAAGACAGAAAUGGUGUG